GCUCAGCCUUCUCCUGGCGAGCCCGCACGGACGGCUUCCCCCUGCCGAGGCGGGGCGCGGCGAGCCGGCGUCCGGCUCAGGCGCUGCAGAUAGUAGGGCGUCUCGGGAAGCCAGCGCGGCGCCCGCAGCCCUCGGGAUGGAGCACCUCUUGGAUCUCCUGCUGCGCCUCUUCGGCUUCUGGUUCUCCGCUGUCUUCCUGCUCAUCGUGCUGCCCUCCAUCUUCGGUGUGUCCUUGGGGAUCUCGGAGCUGUACCUCAAAGUCCUGGUGAAGACCUUGGAGUGGGCCACACUGCGUAUUGAGAAACAGAGAGAGGCACAGAGACUUCCUUCUUCAAAUGUUAUCAUACAGAGGGACCAGACCACCAUGGAGAAAGCCAUUGCUGGCCUGCGGCACGGGGACUUUGAGCUCUCCGAUGUGUUUUACUUCUGCAAAAAGGGGUAUGAAGCGAUUGUGGAAGACGAAGUCACCCAAAGGUUCACCUCGGAGGAGCUGGUCUCCUGGAACCUCCUCACCAGGACCAACGUCAACUUUCACUACAUCAGUUUACGGCUGACCAUCGUGUGGGGCAUUGGCGUCUUCGUGCGCUACUGUCUGCUGCUGCCUCUUCGGGUUACCUUGGCACACAUUGGGAUCCUUUCCAUGAUUUGCGGCACCACGUUGGUAGGCCAGCUUCCAAACGGGGAAACCAAAGACUGGCUGAGUGACCUUGUCCAUCUCACCUGUUCCCGUAUUCUUGUCAGAGCGCUAUCUGGCAACAUUUAUUACCACAACAAGGAGAACAAGCCUAAGAAAGGAGGAAUUUGUGUUGCCAACCACACAUCUCCAAUAGACGUCAUAAUCUUGACCAACGAUGGCUGUUACGCAAUGGUGGGCCAAGCUCAUGGGGGCCUAAUGGGCGUUAUUCAGAGAGCCACCGUCAAAGCCUGCCCACAUGUUUGGUUUGAACGCUCCGAAAUGAAAGAUCGCCACCUGGUGACGGAAAGGUUGAGGGAACAUGUUGCGGAUAAGGAGAAGUUGCCCAUUUUAAUUUUUCCAGAAGGCACUUGUAUAAACAACACCUCUGUCAUGAUGUUUAAAAAGGGAAGCUUUGAAAUCGGUGGCACAAUCUACCCAGUUGCUAUCAAGUACGACCCCCAGUUUGGCGACGCCUUCUGGAACAGCAGCAAGCAUGGCAUCGUCAGCUACCUUCUGCGAAUCAUGACCAGCUGGGCCAUCGUGUGCCACGUCUGGUACCUGCCACCGGUGACGAGAGAGGAAGGAGAAGAUGCUGUUCAGUUUGCUAACAGGGUGAAGUCUGCUAUUGCUCGUCAAGGAGGACUUACGGAAUUGCCCUGGGAUGGAGGUUUGAAACGAGCCAAAGUGAAGGAGACUUUCAAGGAAGAGGAGCAGAAGAACUACAGCAAGAUGAUAAUAGGAAAUGGAGCCUUGUCGAGUCGACCAGCAGACUCUGACUGAUCUCUUCUGGUGGACGCUUUCCAUGCCUCAUCGCUAUAGAAACGUGUGGAUUGUUUCCCCCCCCCCAUUAGAAAAGAGAAGAAAUCAAAGCACCAAGUGUGGGGAGAGCUAAGGCAUCGCAUUGUUUUCCCUUCAGCUGUGGCUUGUUGGUUUUGCCACUGUCCGCCGGUGAAUUCUUGCUUUUGAUGUCUGGGAAAGAGGACUGGAUUGAAGCAGAAUGGAAAAUCCCAGGCAGCAACUUCUGAAUGUUUGCCCAAGGGGGAUUGUAGAUAAUGAUUAUAAUAAUAAUAAAAAU